UUUUCAUUUAUUCUGAUGUACCCUUUAUUGACGAACUUUGCUACUGUUUUGUUUUCAAAUGAAUCGACUCGUAGGAUUGAUUCUCCUUUGUUUUUUCAAAAGUUAGGUUAUCGAAAAGGAGUAAUUUCAUGUGGCAAUUAUUAAAUUGCCACAUGAAAUAUCGAAGAAAGGAUUAUCAUUAAAAUUGGGAAGGGAGGAAACGCAGUCGAAUGUCAUAUUUGGAAUGAAAGAUCUGGAUGCGUCUCUUCUGGAGAAUGUCUCGUGUAAAAAAACAUGUAGUAAGGUUAUAGCGCAGGUGAAACAAGUGCGUCGCGAAGAAAGGCGAAGGAAAAAAAAUGCUGAAAGAGUUUCUGCAAGACCUGACUACGAUAAGGAAGGAAAAGAAGUAGAUAUUUUCCACCGAAGAGAGGAUAAGACCAAUUUAGAAGAUGAGUCUUCAUCCAGAGACGAUGUGAUCGGAGAGGACUGGCAACUGGAAGAAACUUCUUCUAAAAGUAAAAAUCGUGUCGACCGAACGAAAAUAAGUUCCGAGGAAAGUGUAGGCAAGUUAACGGAGAAAAGUUCUCGGGGUAGAAAUAAUGAUAGGAGCUCUCGAAGCUAUCGGAGGAGUGAAGAAGAGCUGUCUGAUGUUGCUUCAAGAACUGCAGAGGACAGGAUUGGUUAUCGGAGCUCUAAGGAAAAUACAAUACACAGUAAAAGUUCUAGAAGUGUAGCUCUUCGAAGAAGCAAUGAAAGAUUUGAAGAAGCAGGUACAGAGGAACGAUCCAUUGGGAAGAGUGUUCGAAGCAAGACUAAAGAUAAUGUAAGUCAUCAGAGCUCUAAGAUAAGGAGAAGCUCAGCUUCUGCGAUGAAAGAUCUCUCCGGUGAAGAUGAAUUUAGUGAACUGAGCCAAGGAAAAGAUUUAGGGCAGUCUUUGAAGAGAAUUGCCAAUAAAGAAAUGAGUAGCGAGGAGGAGGAAGAAGAAGAAGACUUGGAAGAAGAGAAAGAGCUUGAAGAGAAGAGUCUAGCUUCGAAGGGAAAAUCUGGCAAAUCUUCGAUGAGGUCUGCCGAAGAUGCCAGGUCAGUGAAUACGAAUAAAGAGAGCGUUGCAGGGUCUUCCAAGUCAGGGCCAGGCCCAAGCAGAAGAGGCCCUGAUAGAGAUCCUGGAAAAGGUCCUAGAAAAGAUCCUGGAAGAGGACCCGGAAGACCUGGAGGAUCAGAAAGAGGCUCCGAUGGAGACUCUGAAAUCGAUAUGGAGAAUUGGGACGAACAGGAUCACUCUCCAUGUUCCUUGCAGUGUCCUGUUAGACUGCUUCGAGAGCGACUGAAGAAGAGGAACGAGGACUUGCAGCACCUCGUCGACGAUUACCUCCUAAACAAAGGAAUGAAUUAUUUUCGCGACAUCUGCACCUGUUCCUUCCGGUGUGCUUUUCGGCAGAUUUGCAAGGACUACUUCUUCAGGAGCACUAUUUGCUCCUUAAUCAUCUUCGGACUAGGAAUCAAGCUCACUUGCGAAUUGCGCGCGUGGUACAUACCAGCUCCGAUAUUCCAAUGAAUAUUUACAAGCGAAAUCUCAGCAGGACUUUAGACUCGAAAUACUACUCGGGCUAUCCAUUCUACCGGGGCUUAUUGGAAUAACAUUUUACGGACCGGUUUCCCAGGAAUUUUUCGAAGUAAUAAAAAGGCUUAUUCAAUGAG